CACUUUUUUCAAUGCCAUUGUAACUUUGAACAGUCACUAAAGGAACUACUAACUGUAAAACUAAGUUAAAAUGCCCCUUUUCCAUUGCCCUUUUAAGUGGCUUUGAGUAGUCUUUCAUUGCCCUUUUAAGAGGAGGCUCGGCCAAACAGAGGCACUUGAGCUUUUUCUUCUUUUUUUGCUCUUGGGACUUUUUCUCUGAUCCAGAAUCAAAGGUGGUUGGAGAUUCAGAUCUCGGGAAUCUGAUUUUCAACUGUUCCAGAUAUUUGCUGGCGGGCUGAUGAUCAUUCAAAGAGUGGUAUUGCAUUCACGCCCUGGCAUCAAUGGAGUGCCAGUUGCAGAAAACUUCUGUAUGGAAGAAGCCACCCUCUCAGACAAAAUUGAUGAAGGUCAAGUUAAAGUCCGUACACUUUAUUUAUCUGUGGAUCCCUACAUGCGGUGUCGUAUGAAUGAAGAUGCUGGGUCUGACUACCUCCAGGCUUGGAAAUUGUCUGAAGUUAUUGAUGGAGGUGGAAUUGGUUGUGUGGAAGAAAGCAAAGACGUGCGUUUCACUCCAGGAGACUUUGUGACGUCUUUUAACUGGCCCUGGCAGACCAAAGCCAUUUUAGAAGGAAAGCAACUGAACAAGAUCGAUCCACACCUUGUAGAUGGACACAUUUCCUAUUUCCUGGGUGCAGCUGGCUUGACUGGGCUGACAUCUUUGCUGGGAAUCAGAGAGAAAGGACACGUAUCUCCAGGCUCUAAUCAAACCAUGGUGGUCAGUGGAGCUGCUGGUGCUUGUGGCUCUGUGGCUGGGCCGGUAAGACACUUUCUAAGAAAUACAAACUUCAAUACUGUAUUGUCGUUUUGUUUCCAACAGAUGAAUUCAAAUAGCCAUAUUAUUUUAUGUGGUCAGAUCUCCCAAUAUAACAAGGACAUGCAAUAUCCACCUCCUUUACCUCCAGAGGUAGAAGAAAUAAGGAAAUCACGGAACAUUACUAGAGAAAGAUUCCUGGUUUUGAACUACAUGGAGAAAUAUUCAGCUAGUACUCUGCAGCUUUGUCAGUGGAUCAAAGAAGGAAAAUUGAAGGUCAAGGAGACAGUCGUGGAAGGCCUAGAAAACAUUGGAGCUGCUUUCGUGUCUAUGAUGAGUGGGGGCAACAUUGGAAAACAGAUAGUGCUCGUUUCCAAAUAAAAAUCAUUUCUGAUCUAUUUUGUGUCUACUAAAAAAAGAAAUAUUUGCAUAAGCCUGGAAUGAACUUAUCCUUUAUAUCUGUAUCCCAUUUUGGGGAUUAGUAAAAUCUUUUGAAUCUUUAAUUUUUUUCUAAGUUUUUUUGGGGGGGGGUUCUUCCAUCUCUUUGGGGGGGGGGGGAAUUCAGUCAAAAUGUGUUUCCUUGCCUUUAGUACCAAAUGAUAAAAUAUCAUUUCUGUACCACUGCUACAGAAAUAUAAAUUAUUAUGUGCAUAUAAUAUAAAACCAAGAUUAGUUUUAGCUGCUUGAACAAAUGUUUGCAAGCAAAUUAUGUCUUAUUUGACCUAUUUCUAAUUUGGUUUUCUUCUGCCUUUAUUAAUAUCUAGAAAAUCGAAUAACACUAUAGUUGUAGUAUUUCUCAAUUUGAAAAUAAAUGUAAGCCAUAGUUGCAGCAGCUAAGAUUUGGUAACCAACUUCAAAACUUUAGUUUAAAAAAAUAAACCAUGGCUUACUUCCUGGAAGUAAGCAAACCAAUUAAAACAUAUUAUAUACUGAUUGAUGUUCUGAUACGUAUAAACCAGGCUCUAAUCACAUCUGAAAAUGAAACAAUAAUGAAAAUAUUUUCUUGUACACAAUACGACUAUUAAAUGUAUUGGUUA